AUGACCUUUGGACCCUGACGUCACUUCCCUGACAACCACCGCUUUCUCUGGCAGCUGUCUGUUCUGUAUUGCCUUACCCCACUUUGAGAAACACUUUAACGCACUCAAAGACACGCUGCUUUCCCCUCUUUUCGCCAAGUUUGAUGACGCGCUGAUAUCUGAGAAAUGAAGCCGAGGAAGCGACACGUCCUGCUGCUGUGGAUCCUGCUCUGCUCCGGUAUGACGGAGGCGAUCGAGCCCAUCAGCACCACCAUAGCGGUGGGCAUGGCUGCAGCUCUGACCGGCUUCUUAGCUAGUUACCCAAACAUUUUGUACUACUUCCACGAGUGCUGUCGGCCGGAGUGGAUUUCUUUUAACAAAACAGGUCUCAAGACUGACCUGGACAGCAAACUGUUUGGACAGCACAUUGCGUCGCGCAUCAUCCUCAAAGCUGUGAAUGGAUUCAUGAGCAACGACAACCCGAAGAAGCCGCUGGUGCUCUCUCUGCACGGAUGGACCGGCACCGGGAAGAACUUUGUUAGUAAGCUGAUUGCUGAAAACAUUUACAAGGAGGGGAUGGACAGCAGCUUCGUUCAUGUUUUCACCUCCACACUUCACUUCCCACAUCCAAGUCAAAAUGCCACCUACAAGUCUCAGUUACAGCAGUGGAUCAAAGGCAACGUCACAAACUGCGAACGCUCCAUGUUCAUCUUCGAUGAGAUGGACAAGAUGCAUCCUGGCUUGAUCGACAGCAUUAAGCCGUACCUGGAUUACUACGACAAGCUUGAUGGAGUUUCUUAUCGGAAAUCAAUCUUCAUCUUUCUCAGCAAUGCUGGCGGUGAGAGCAUCAUCCAGAAGACUUUAGAUUUCUGGAAAGGAGGACGAGAUCGAGAAGAGAUUGAGCUCAGAGACCUGGAAGUGUCACUUUCACUAUCAGUCUUCAACAACAACCAAAGUGGCUUCUUUCAUACAAGUUUGAUCGACAAGAACCUGGUGGACUUCUUCGUCCCGUUCCUGCCUCUGGAGUACCAACACAUCGUCCAGUGUGCCAAGGCCGAGAUGAAGGCCAGAGGACUUGAACCAGACCCGGAUGUGGCAGACAUGGUGGCCAGAGAUGUCGUCUAUUUCCCCAAAUUGGAGCGAGUGUUCUCCGUCAAAGGCUGCAAGACGAUAGAGAGCAAGCUGGACUACUACACAUAAUGUCAGCGUCUGACGGACUCAGUCACUGUGUGCACUUUUAGAAAGAAAAACUCUGUCAGCCAAACGACUAAUGAGAGGAAGUCAAGCUGACUGAAGAGGUCUCUGGAGGUUUUAUCUGUCUGACCUUAUGGCCGUCGAGAUGAUAUCAGGAAGCCUUCUCCAGUGUUGUGUAUCACUUACGCUGAAUGAAGAGACUGACGAGCAGAGCACCAGCCGAAUGAAAAAAUAAUAAGAUAGGAAUGCUAUCCUUUGUAACUACUUGCGGAGCUUGAUGUCUGCUUUUAUGUCGCGAGAGUCUCGAAGACCGUUUUGUUUUACCGAGAGCUUUUUAAAUGACUAAGGGUGAAACUGUCACUGUUGUGCAUUUGUUUUUAUAAAUAUCCUUCAUAUGUAUUGAUUACUGGAAGCAUCUGCCUUAAUUUUUAAUUUCACCAUUUUUGUAGUGUGGUUAUUCUGCACUUAUGUCCUCUGUACAUAUGAUUCUGUUAACAAAGAGGGAUUCUAUGGAGGAGGUCAUCAAAGCAGAGCUGUUUAUAGAAAGUUUAAGUUUUCACAUUCAAACACGCAUAAUGCAGAAAACUUUGUGUGCAUUGUGUUAAAAUCAACAUUGGCAAAUAGGGAUGUCCACAAUAAGUACAUCCAAAUCCAAUCCAAAUAGUUUCAUAGUUAGUUUCUGCUCAUACAGUCCCAAUUUGAUACCAUUUUCAUACAAACACCUCAAGUUUGUGUUCUCAGUCGAUUGAUUGAUCGAUUGAUACUGCUGGCCAUGAUUGAUUAAAAACUAUUUAAAAUUCAUAUCCUGAGUGUCCUACCACAGAUUGUGCUCUCUUUACGGCACCUCUGUGACAGCGUACGUAACCCGCGGACUGGACUCGGGUAUUUGCGGAUGCCUUUAUUGAUCGUGAUCUUUGAGAUUGGAUUUGGGACAUCCUUUUUGGCCAGACGUCUUUUCUCUACUGUUCAUAGCUAAUUUGGUUCAUAUGAUGCAUUUCAAAAAUAUUCUGUUAUACAACACUCAGCCCCAACUUCAAAACCACCUGCCUGGUGUUGUGUAGAUCCCUCAUGUGUCGCCAAACAGCUCUGUCCUGUAGGGCCUCGAGGUCAGGACCUCUGGUGGUGUCUGGCAGCAGAUACGUAGGGUCCUGGAGGUUCGGAUUGAGGCCUUCAUGGAUGAAUCUUGUCCCUGUGCACCCCCUAAAUGCUGAACUGGGUUGGGAUCUGAUGAAUUUUGAAGCUGGGUGAAGUCCGUGAGCUCUUUGUGUUCCUCCAGUUGUUCCCGAGCAGUUUUUGAGGUGUAGCAGGGAACAUUGUCAUGCUAGGGAACAACACUGCUGUCAGCGAGUGGUUAUUUUCGUGGCUGAUGAAUAAUGUAUUAUAGAUAUGUUUGUGUAUGUCAUGAAAUAUUAAGAUGCGGCUUGCAUGACAGGAUACCAGUAUUUUUUCACCCUGUCACUACAGCUGCAUCAGGGUCGUAUACUUGCAAGACAAAAAGUAAAAUUCAUUUAAAAAAAAAGAUUUUUAUAUAUUUUUUAAAUGCAGACAGUUCAAAAAAUUUUCAAAGAUAUUGUACAUGAGUGAUUGAUUGUCCAACUAAAGUUAUUUUAAGACCUCUGUCCCCCCAGUUCUUGCAGAGCACAACACUCUUUAUAUUUUGCUAAAAGAGGAACUGUGAAGGCAUUGGGAUCUGUCGUAGCUAUUUGGUAGAAGAAAUAAUCUGCUGGUUUCUCAGAACCAGUCAGUUUUCUGAUGAGUUUUUAAAGCCCUACGAAAACAUUUUCUGUACAACUGCUUGUAGUUACCUCUGACUGUGAAAGACGACGGCUGGUGUGGAUGAAGAGUUGACAUGUGCAAACUGUAAACACCACCAGAAAUACAAGUCACAAUAAAAUGUCAAGUUUU